UUUUUGUCAAUUUCUUCCUAUAGGUACUAAAUAUUCUGCGAAUUAAUUUAUUUUUAUUUUCGUAAUAAACAAAAAAAUAUAACAAUUAUUAAUCACGGAAUUCUGUAAAUGCUUUGAACUCCGUCAUGGCGUCGAGCGAAGUGACAAAGCUUCAACAGCAUUUAACGCUUCUGAAGGAAGAAUAUAGCAAGUUGCAGAGCCAUUGCGCGGAAGUGGAACGGAAAUAUAUGCUAGCAGCGGCGUCGGCUGGCGACUUAAGUGAAACCAGUUUUGUCGCUCGACUUCUAAUGACAGUGUCCACUCUUUACGGCAGGGAUACUUAUUCAGAUAUCGUGGUUAAACUACAGAACAAGUCUGUUCCCGGUCACAAGUUUGUGCUCAACGCUCGCUCGGACGACUGGAAUGAGGAGGCUCUAAAGAAUCUUACAGAACUAGACUGGUCAUCUCUCCCUGACGAUGUGGGUGCAGCAUUGCUCAAGUGGUUAUACACAGAUGUAGUGGAUCUCUCCCGAGGAGACUCAUUUGCACUUCAACUUAUGAAAUCAGCAGCCAAUUUCAAACUCUAUGGUUUAGUUGGAAAGUGUGAACAGGCUCUAAUUGCAUCUGUCGGUGUGAGGAGCUGUGUGAAGUUCUACUCUGCAGCAGAUGAGAUAGGAGCCUCUGCUCUGAAAGAGCACUGUUCAGGUCUAAUAUCAGCUCACUGGGAUGAUUUAACAGGAGAGGACUUUGCGCAUAUGUCGUCGGCACUGCUGUACCGCAUGCUGAAGAGCAAAACCCCACAGCCGCUGCAUGGUGCAGUCAGGCUGCUGCGCGAGGACGUUGUGUUCCUCUGCCUCGUCGAGAACCACGCCAAUCUAACAGACAUAGUAAACGCGAUGUCUUCUCGAGGAGAGCUGCCGUUAGAGCUCGCCUUGCGUGGACGCAGUGCAUCCAUCGCGACCACACUGCUGCAACAUUCCGCAGACGCCGACGCACGGGGCCCUCGCGGCAGAACGUUACUGCACAGAGCAGUGGACGCUAGAGACGCCUUCUCCGCGAAGUUCUUGGUGGACAACGGAGCAGACCCUAGUCUAACAACCAAGGAAGAAGGUGACACGGUGUUACACCUAAUAGCGGCACUCACAACAAGUUCCUGCGACGCAGAAACUAUGGAGCAAAUGGUGGAAAUAGCGGAAGCCGCCGUGCAGAAGGGCGCGGACCUCAACCGACAAAAUAGAAAAGGAUACACACCUCUCCACCAAGCAGUAAUAGCAAGAAACCAAAGAAUAUUCGACCUCUUACUAAAACAGCCUAAUUUAGACACUAAUUUACGGACUUUGUCAGAUGAACACCCACCAUUAUACUACGCACUGGUCGAUGAUAGGCGAGCAUCAAUAUCUUCUAGUGAAACAUUAGUAAUGAAUGGUUCCAAUCCAUUCGACACCCCUGUCACGAAUAAAAACGCAUUUACCGAAGAUCCAGUGGAAGGUAAAUCGGAAAACAUUGUGGAAAGAGGCUUUGCGGCGAAAUUAUUGGAAAAAGGCUGUCAACCAAAUCCAUUGUAUUCGGGAUCGGGUGAUAGUCUUCUGCAUAUCUUGGCGCAAGGAUGGUUUGAGGAUUCGGCGGUGUUUCUGACGUCUCACCUAAACGGCGACUUGAACCACAGCAACGAGGCAGGCGUGACGGCGUUGCACGCGGCGUGUGCCAACGGCCUGACGCGGCUCACUGCCGCUCUCCUGGAGCACGGCGCUAGGCCCAACGUACAGACUGCGUAUGGCGAACACGAGGACACUGUAUACAGGCAAACUCCUCUUCACCUAGCGGUAUUAAAUAACCAUGAAGGAGCAGUAAUGGCCAUUAUCGAUCAUAAAAAAGCAGUAGAAAAAGGUGAUCUACCUUCAACAGAUCGAGUUAAUGUUAGUCUAUUGCCGAAUUUGAACUUGAAAAACUCUGAAGGGGACACGCCUGUCUGUUUAGCGCUUACUGAAGGUCACAAGCAUCUCGUGGCACCGCUUAUCGAAGGCGGAGCAGAUCCUAAUAUUCGCAAUGGGAAAGGGUUCACGUUACUCCAUCAAUCCAUUGUCGAAGAGGACUCUAGGACCGCCAUUUUCCUCUUGGACCACGGCGCUGAUAUGAAUGCACUGACCGACGCGGGAGAAACUCCUCUACAGUUAGCUAUACAUUGCCGGCUAGGCUUAGUAGUUGAAGCAUUAUGUGUACGGGGAGUGGACAUGAGCCGCUUAGAUGCUAACGGAGUUCCCCCUCUCUGGGCAGCGUUGGACUCCGGGCAAGAGGAAGUUGCCAGCAUUUUGGUUCGUAAUGGAGCCGACGCCGACUGUUGGGGUCCAGGUCCGGAUGGAUGUUUACAAAAUUUGUUGCACAAGGCCAUAGACGAGAACAAAGAGUCGCUAGCUACCUUCCUAAUCCGGUCGGGCUGCGACGUGGAGAGCCCCCGCCGGCCCGGGCCCAACGGCGAAGGCGCCGAUGUAGCAGCCGACAAACAGGCGCCCCUGCAUCUGUGCUGCACUUGGGGACUCACGGAAGUUAUACAAACUCUACUCGAGCAUGGCGCAAACAUCAACUCAAAGGACGCAGAAGGCAAGACGCCGCUUCAUAUCGCGAUAGAAAACCAACACGCGGCGAUCAUAUCCCUUCUCCUGUCCCAACCGGGCAUCGAUUUGUCCGCCCGGGACAAUAAAGGUGUUACCCCGUUCGCGGCCGCCCUUACCGCGAGAAAUAAUAAGGCUGCACAAGCGAUACUUGAAAAGAAUCCAUCCGCAGCAGAACAGGUGGAUAAAAAAGGUCGAAACUUCUUACACGUGGCCAUCCAAACUUGUGACAUGGAAAGCGUGAUGUUCCUUCUAUCGGUUGAAGUGGACGUAAACUCUAGAGUUCAGGACGCCACACUAGCGCCGCCGUUACACCUGGCGGCGGCAGUCGGGAACGAGGUGUUGCUUCGAAGCUUAUUAUUGGCGGGCGCACGACCUAACGACAGGGAUGCACACAAACGCACGGCGCUGCACGUGGCGGCGGGUGCGGGGCAGGCGGGCAUCGUGAGCGCGCUGGCGAGCGGCGGCGCAGAGUGCGGCGCGGCAGACGCGGCCGGCGACACGGCGCUGCACGUGGCGGCGCGCGAGGGCCACGCCGCCGCCGCGCGCGCGCUGCUCGCCGACACCGACAUCGACGCCGCCGCCACCAACCUCAAGGGUAGAAACCCUCUCCACGAGUUGUGUUGGUGCAAGAAGGAUAACGCGGCCACAAUAUGUGAAAUAUUCCUAGAGUUCAUGCCGGACUACCCCAUCAACAGGACUGAUUUACAGGGCAACACUCCGCUGUUGCUGGCCUACAUGAACGGGCAGGGCGCCAUGUGCCGGGCGCUGGUGCGCGCCGGCGCCUGUCUCGCGCACGAAAACAAGGAUGGCAUCUCCAUAUUCAACUAUCAGGUAGCAACAAAGCAGCUCCUGCACCGACUGCUGGACGCGCUGCCGGCCGAGGCGCCGUGGGCUGAGAGCGACCUGUGCCAGGAGUGCGGCACCAAGUUCACGCUCACCAUGCGGAAGCAUCACUGUCGACAUUGCGGGCGCAUGUUGUGUAAACAAUGUUCCAACCAAGACGUUCCUAUUCUCAAGUUUGGGAUGAACAAACCACAAAGAGUCUGUGAAAUAUGUUUCAAUGUGUUGCAAGUUGGCGCCAGUUAGUGGAAGAUGAAAAUUAGUUUGCUAGAAAUUUGUGAUAAGCAAUUUGAUACUAUUAAUGUAAUAAUAAAAUUAGACGUGGCUUUUUGCAUUAUUUGAGAAAUGUUACGCUAUAAUUAUUAUAUUAUAUUAAUGACGUAAAUGGCUAAAUUUUGUCUGAGAAAUUAUGAGGCGUUUUUGUAUUUUAAUAUUUUGUCACAAAACUGUUAUGAAAGAAAAAAAUUAUUUUAAUUU